CUAACCUAGAAGCUGGGGGGAAUCCUGAAUCGAGCUGAGAGGGCUUCCCCAGUUCUCCUGGGAACCCCAUCGCCCCCUGCCAGCCCGUGCCUGAGCAGCAUCACGGGACAUGGCCCCCCCAGCUGCCUAGCCGGAACCCACCUGCGAGAGGCAUCCUUUUCGGCGUCCUGAAGGCCAGCUCUGGACCUUCCCAGGAAAAGUGCCAGCUCACACAACUGCUUGACCAAACACCGGCUCUCAGGACGUCCCCAUACCACCUGGCCCCCCAGCUAGCGUGGGGCCUCUGGAGACUGAGAUUAGCUAUUGGCCUUGGAGAGCCGCUCCAGAACAGAAGGGGGGGUGGGGCUAACCACCCAAACCCCCUCUGGGCCCAGGCCCCAUGCCCCGAGGAGGGGUGGCCUGAAGCCCGCCAGAGUCCCGCACGAGAUUGCCUGCCUGCCCUUCUGACUGUGACUGCUUGGCAUGGCCAGCAACAGCAGCUCCUGCCCGACACCUGGGGGAGGGCACCUCAGUGGGUACCCGGUGCCCCCCUACGCCUUCUUCUUCCCCCCUAUGCUGGGUGGACUGUCUCCGCCGGGCACCCUGACCUCUCUCCAGCACCAGCUUCCAGUUAGCGGCUAUAGUACACCAUCCCCAGCCACCAUCGAGACCCAGAGCAGCAGUUCAGAGGAGAUCGUGCCCAGCCCCCCCUCGCCGCCCCCCCUCCCCCGAAUCUACAAGCCUUGCUUUGUCUGUCAGGACAAAUCCUCAGGCUACCACUAUGGGGUCAGCGCCUGUGAGGGCUGCAAGGGCUUCUUCCGCCGCAGUAUCCAGAAGAACAUGGUGUACACAUGUCACCGAGACAAGAACUGUAUCAUCAACAAGGUGACCCGGAACCGCUGCCAGUACUGCCGGCUGCAGAAGUGCUUCGAAGUGGGCAUGUCCAAGGAGUCUGUGAGGAACGACCGGAACAAGAAGAAGAAGGAAGCCCCCAAGCCUGAGUGCUCAGAGAGCUACACCCUGACGCCAGAGGUGGGGGAGCUCAUCGAGAAAGUGCGCAAGGCGCAUCAGGAGACCUUCCCCGCCCUCUGCCAGCUGGGCAAAUACACUACGAACAACAGCUCAGAACAACGUGUCUCUCUGGACAUUGACCUCUGGGACAAGUUCAGUGAACUCUCCACCAAGUGCAUCAUUAAGACCGUGGAGUUCGCCAAGCAACUGCCCGGCUUCACCACCCUCACCAUUGCCGACCAGAUCACCCUCCUCAAGGCUGCCUGCCUGGACAUCCUGAUCCUGCGGAUCUGCACGAGGUACACACCUGAGCAGGACACGAUGACCUUCUCGGAUGGGUUGACCCUGAACCGGACCCAGAUGCACAACGCCGGCUUUGGCCCCCUCACGGACCUGGUCUUCGCCUUCGCCAACCAGCUGCUGCCUCUGGAGAUGGAUGAUGCUGAGACUGGCCUGCUCAGUGCCAUCUGCCUCAUCUGUGGAGACCGGCAGGACCUGGAGCAGCCAGACAGGGUGGACAUGCUGCAGGAGCCGCUGCUCGAGGCACUGAAGGUCUACGUGCGGAAACGGAGGCCCAGCCGCCCCCACAUGUUCCCCAAGAUGCUGAUGAAGAUCACCGACUUACGAAGCAUCAGCGCUAAGGGGGCCGAGCGGGUGAUCACGCUGAAGAUGGAGAUCCCGGGCUCCAUGCCACCUCUCAUCCAGGAAAUGCUGGAGAACUCGGAGGGCCUGGACACUCUGAGCGGACAGCCGGGGGUGGGGGGCGGGACGGGGGCGGGCUGGCUCCCCCGCCCGGCAGCUGUAGCCCCAGCCUCAGCCCCAGCUCGAACAGAAGCAGCCCGGCCACCCACUCUCCGUGACCACUGCGCCCGUGGACCUGGCCCUCGCCCCACGCCCUGGCUUCUCUCUGCCUUUAUACCAACCAUGCGGCCCCUGCCAGCCCCGCCCCGCACUGUCCUCCCUUUCCUGGGGGACGGGAGGGAGGAGGCAGCGACUCUUCAGACAGAGGCUGCGCCAGGAUGGACUGCCCGCUCCCGAAGCCCGGGCUGACGUCAGGAACAAGGCCCUGAACUGGGGGAGGACCCCUGGUCCUGGGCCUCGUGAUGGGGGCCUGGGGACCUCCUGUUCAUCAAGACGCCCCUCUGCCCACCUCGCCACAUCUUCAUCACCAGCAAAUGCCAGGACCUGGCUCCCCCCAUCCUCAGAACUCGCAAGCCAUUGCCCCCCGGUUGGGGAACCCCCCCCUGCCUCGGUUGGUGACAGAGGGGGUGGGCUGGGGUGGGGGGGCUCCCCCUGUACAUACCCUGCCAUACCAACCCCCAGGUAUUAAUUCUCGCUGGUUUUGUUUUUAAUUUUUUUUUUUGGUUUUGAUUUUUUUUUAAUAAGAAUUUUCAUUUUAAGCACA